AUGGACAAGUCUUCUGCUGCGGCUGACGGUGCCGUCGGUACCGCCCAGUCCAGUAACAAGACCAACAACACAACCGGCCCCAAUGGUCCAUCAUUACCGCCGCCAAACAAUUCUACAACUGCAAGCCAAACCUCGAAACAAUCGUCGGCCGCCAACUCUGCUGCGCAAUCACCUGCCGCUUCUCGAGAUGGGUCACCGUCACGCCAACCACGCAGAGCAACAUCGUCGACUAGACAGACAGGGAACAGAUCCCGCAAGAACAGCCACCAGGACAUGAGUCCCACACGACAACUUCGCCAAAGUAGCCAGGACCGAGGAACUCCCACCCGGACCUUGUCAUCUACUACUACUCCGAACUUACGGCCUAAUAGCAGAGAACCACCGCUGCAUGCGCCAACACCGCAGAAGCCUUCUGCCAUUCCGGAUCUGAAGGAUAGCCCCCGGUGGCCGGUAUCUCCACGACUACGAUCACCUCCACCGCAGCUUGGGCGACCUGGAGCGACAACUCCGACACGCCGUACCGAACAGGAAGCUCCUGCGAUUAGCAUUCAACGGCCGAGCCCCUCGCCGCAAGUAUCAGAUAGCCAAAUUUCAGUAUUGGACAGCGAUACUGAUGAAUCCCAUGCGCCUUCCGGGGUGCGGACUCCUGCUCGAGGACUGUUGGAGACUGUCCAGGAAGUGAGCCAUAACAACUCGCCUGCACGACCUAACGACUCAGCGUUGUUGGAUCAGGUGAAGGAAAAGUUGGCCGCUCCCGAUAACCAUUCUGACGGUGCCUUGAGCGACGGGGGUCGUACUCUGAAGUCCAAGAUGAGCAACGCUACACAACAGAAUGGAGCAGAUAGUGGCACUAUUAAGGCUGAUUCAAGGAGAACUAGCUCCGUUCCUCCACCACCCUUGGUCUCCAGGCAAUCCAGUGCCCUGUCUACGAAGCAAGCCAAAUCGAAGCCGGAGACGGGUUCAACACAGAGUAUGACAGUUGAGACCGAGACGGUCUCGAGUAUUCCGCAAGUUGCCCUCACGACCGCUACAAAGGAAGGCGGCAAUGGGACGUUGAAGGCCAAGCCGAGCACGGAGACUAUCAGGCCCAAAAAAGAAAAGAAGAGGACCACGAGGAAGCAACCAGCUGUAAAUUCAGGUACAGCCUCUUCUAAAGCCGACAAUUUCGAAGCCAAGAUAGCCAGUGCUGUUGACGAAGCCAACACCUCUGAUUCCGAAGAAACCUUUGUUUAUGACUCAAACCCUCCAGACAACACCGAGAGGACAAAUCGGCGCUUCCACUCCCGGACCCCGAGCGCUACGUCCAUGGCCAGCCAAGCUGACCGACAGAACUUGCGAUCUAUUUAUGGUGUCAUGGAAGGAGCCAGCCACGGGCCAGUUGCCAAGAAAAGCAUGAAAUUCGUCAACACCUUCAACGGCAAUGCCAGUGACAGUCUCACUCCUGGAGAUGAGGAUGGUAAGGGAAGUGGACGCAGCGCUGGGGGAUCGGCCCGGGGAACUGUUCGACACCACCAUCACAUUGGCCGCUGGGGUCGACAACCAGGAAAUGGGCAUGCUUCCCUUUUUGACAAUGAGUCUCCAUUCCCCAAUGCAGCCAAGUCCAAGUUCCCUUCUACUGCCAACAACCAUAACUCUCGCAAUUCCUCAAACCCACCAAGCCCCAGGAAUUUUCUCUCUACUCGGGGGCACCUGAACUCCAAACGGUCCAAUAUGCAAAUGUCGUCCAGCUACGAUUUGGACGAGACCACCGGCGCUGAUGACGAGAGGACGCCUCUAAUCGGCACAUUACGUUCGUCACGAGGCGGACGACGACGCGGACCUCAUUCUCUUCGCCAAGCCGAAUCCCAAACUUACACCAGACGGUCGUCGUAUCUGAAUCGUUUUGCCGCCUGCCUCGUUUUGACAAUGAUGCUCCUUCUUGUCAUAACAGGGGCCAUUGGGUUCAUGUUUGCGACGUCUCAGCCCAUGACAGGCAUUGAAAUUGUGUCGAUUAAGAACGUUGUCACAAGCGAGCAGGUAUUGAUGUUCGAUUUGACCGUCAAAGCACACAAUCCCAAUAUUGUUGUUGUUACGAUUGACCACGCAAAUUUGGAGAUAUUCGCCAAGUCUGAAUAUGGUGGGACUGACUCGGACUGGUGGAAAUACCCUGACGGGCCAGAUGACUUUCACAUUCAGGAUGAUCCUGCAAAUGACCCGCCAACGGACCCGGGGGCAGGCGAUGGGGAUGACACCGACUCCAGACCCAACAUUUUACUUGGACGUGUCACCGAAUUUGACAGUCCGCUCACGUUUGAAGGUUCCCUAUUUCACCAAGGUACUUCUUCCUCGACGGGAGAGAUGCAACUUCCAAAUCCAGGCAAUGGCACUUCUGGCGGUUCCGCACGAUGGGAUCGUAUCUACCAGAAUGAGUUUGACCUGAUUGUAAAGGGAGUGGUGAAGUAUAGCCUACCACUGAGUGCUCACAUUCGCAGCGCAACAGUGUCCGGCAGGACAACCGUGAAGCCAAAUUCGGCAAACGAUCCUUCCCACAAGCCAAACAGUACCAUUCUGGGCAUAUAG